GCCCACGAGUGGUGGGUUGAAGUGAUGUUUUUAUUCCACCGUGGAGCAGACUUGUGUGGGGCGGGAGAUGGGGUCUAAGUUAGGGAUGGAGGCGGAGGACUCUCGUGUAUGUUGACUCUCUGGGGCUACUGCCCGAGUUUUUAGCAGUGGAGCGGAAACUAGAGGCAGGAGUUGGAAAGUGACGUACAGUAGCACAAGGGUUACUUUGUAUGACUCCCCGGUUCGUGAAGAGACAACGGGACAGUCAUUCAAUCCCGCCUUCAGCUGCAACCGUGGCACCUGGGGCUGCAGCCAGCCACCCUAGUUGCAAAUUUAAGAAAGAAGGAAGAAAAAGUUACAGACGAAGAGUGAUCAGUCUGAAGUCAGGGUGGUGUGGGCGGAGGUGGCAGCAGCGGACGAAGGAGGGAUUGUAAUAGAGUACAGGAACUGGGGUAGGGGGGAGAGGGAGAGGGAGGAGUGACGGGAGGAGGAGGGGAGGAGGACUCGUGGAUCCCAAUUCCCACAGAGCGAGGCGUUUCCACCCGUCUCUUCCCAAGGACUGGGAGCCCUGAGCUGAAAGUGAUGAAGAUCACUUAAAAGACUGGAUUUGGGAGAGUUCGGGAGGUUCACACCCAGAUCUGGAGCAGGGUUGGGGGGAAGAGAGAGAGAAAAGAGGGAGAGGGAGUGUCUGCUAGAGGCUCCUGGCUGUGCUAUAAGCCUGAGAAGUUGUAGCAAGUACCCGUCGGACCAAUUAGCUCAUCAUUGGUUGGGGCCGAAGCGGGGUGUACUGGGGCAACAAGCAGGGGAAGCUCUAGACAACAUGGGGAGAGACGGAGGGGCAAGAAGAAAAGAAACAACGGCAGGAGAAGGGAAUCAAGGACGGGAGGAACCGAGGAGACUUCGGCAGCAGCGGCACCGGCGAAGGAGGGAGAGCAAGACCAGAACUGUGCGCUCCAACCUGCUGCCGCCCCCGGGGGGUGGGGAGCCCGAUGUGACUGCGAAGGGGGCUCCCCAUCGGUGGCGGCGGAAUCAGGGAAGCUCCCAGUAUCUGGCUGACAACCGGUUGAAGACCACCAAGUACACUGUCUUGUCCUUUCUGCCCAAGAACCUCUUUGAGCAGUUUCAUCGCCUGGCUAACGUGUACUUCGUCUUGAUCGCUCUGUUUAACUUUGUGCCGGUCCUAAACGCCUUCCAGCCCGAGCUAGCCUUGGCGCCGGUGCUCUUCAUCUUGGCCGUCACCGCCAUCAAGGACCUAUGGGAGGAUUACAGUCGCCACCGCUCGGACCACGAGAUCAACCACAUGGACUGCCUUGUCUACUGCAGGGAUGAAAAGAAAUUUGUGAACCGAUACUGGAAAGAAGUUCGAGUUGGGGAUUUUGUUCAGCUUCGAUGUAAUGAGAUUAUACCUGCUGACAUAUUGCUGCUUUCUUCAAGUGAUCCUGAUGGCCUCUGUCACAUCGAAACUGCCAAUCUGGAUGGGGAGACAAAUCUGAAACAACGGCAGGUGGUGAGGGAAUUUUUAGAGCUGGAUGCUGAAUUCAAUCCCUUGAAGUUCACCAGUAUAAUUGAAUGUGAGAAGCCAAAUAAUGACCUAAGUAGGUUUCGAGGUUACAUUAUACAUGAAAAUGGGAAAAAAGCUGCACUUUAUAAAGAAAAUCUAUUGCUGCGUGGAUGUACCAUUAGAAAUACAGAAGAGGUAACAGGAAUAGUCAUCUAUGCAGGGCAUGAGACUAAAGCUUUACUAAACAAUAGUGGGCCACGUUACAAGCGAAGCAAGCUGGAAAGACAAAUGAAUAUGGAUGUCCUUUGGUGUGUCCUUAUACUCACAGUCAUGUGUCUGUUUUCAGCUGUUGGUCAUGGACUAUGGGUAUGGCAGUAUGGGGAGAGGAAGAAACCUUUAUUUGAUGUCCCAGAAUCGGAUGGCAGCUAUUUGUCUCCAGUUCUGGCUGCAGUAUAUUUAUUUUUGACAAUGAUAAUAGUUCUUCAGGUUCUAAUCCCAAUUUCUUUAUAUGUUUCCAUUGAAAUUGUCAAAAUAUGUCAAGUAUUUUUUAUUCACCAAGAUAAAGAACUGUAUGAUGAAGAAACAGACUCUAAACUACAGUGUCGAGCCCUGAAUAUCACAGAAGAUUUAGGGCAGAUACAGUAUAUUUUCUCAGAUAAAACUGGCACCCUCACUGAAAACAAGAUGGUUUUUCGAAGAUGCACUGUUUCUGGCAUAGAAUAUUCGCAUGAUGCUAAUGCUCGACGCAUAGCUAUGUAUCAGGAGGCUGACUCUGAGGAGGAAGAAGUCGUUCCAAAGGGAGGGACACUGUCCCAGCGGGGCAGUAUCGGUAGUCACCAAAGUGUCAAGAUUGUUCAUAGAACCCAGAGCACCAAAUCUCAUAGACGAACGGGCAGCCGAGCUGAAGCAAAGAGAGCCAGCAUUCUUUCCAAACAUACUGCUUUCAGCAGCCCAAUGGAAAAAGACAUUACCCCUGAUCCAAAACUCUUUGAAAAGGUAAAUGAAUGUGCCAGAUGUCUGGAAAUCAUGAGAAACCAGGAAAAGUCAUUAUCCCAUCUCACCCCGGAGCUUGCUGAUAUCUUUGACUUCUUUAUAGCCCUGACAAUCUGCAAUACAGUGGUAGUGACAGCCCCCAAUCAACCAAGACACAAGGUGAGAGUUAGGUUUGAAUUGAAGUCUCCAGUGAAGACUAUAGAAGAUUUCAUUCGAAGAUUCACUCCUAGCCGUCUGACUUCUGGAUCUAACAGUGGGAGCUCCUCAAGCCUCUCCACCAACAAAUCAACCCACAAAACGGGUUCUAGCUUUCUGUCUACACUAUCUACUGAGAGUACUCUGCUCAAACUUGAAGCUAGACUGACCCAUUCCUCCCCAAAGAUGAAUAACAAUGGUUAUGGGGUACAGCCUGGUGGUGGCUGGACAACUGAGAAUAGCCUCAAGGAGGGAGAACUUCGUUAUGAGGCUGAGAGUCCUGAUGAAGCUGCUCUUGUCUAUGCAGCCAGAGCUUACAACUGUUCUCUAGUUGGUAGGCUGCCUGACCAAGUUUCUGUAGAACUCCCUUAUCUGGGCAGAUUAACCUUUGAGCUUUUGCAUACGCUGGGUUUUGACUCCAUCAGGAAGAGAAUGUCAGUUGUGAUUAGGCAUCCCCUUACAGACGAAAUAAAUGUUUACACCAAAGGAGCAGAUUCGGUGAUGAUGGAUCUUCUUCUGCCUUGUUCUGCAGAUGACUCAAGAGGAAAGCACCAAAAAAAAAUUCAAAGUAAAACUCAAAAUUAUCUAAACCUCUAUGCUGUAGAUGGAUUGCGUACCUUAUGUAUUGCCAAGAAGGUUCUAAGUAAAGAAGAAUAUGCCUGCUGGUUACAAAGACACUUGGAAGCAGAAUCCUCACUGGAGAACAGGGAUGAGCUGCUGUUCCAGUCUGCAAUCCGCCUGGAGACCAAUCUACACCUAUUGGGUGCAACGGGCAUUGAAGAUCGCUUACAGGAUGGCGUCCCAGAAACUAUUGCUAACUUGAGACAAGCUGGACUGCAGAUAUGGGUUCUCACUGGAGACAAACAAGAAACAGCUGUCAAUAUUGCCUAUGCCUGCAAACUGCUAGACCAUGAUGAAGAAAUCAUUACUUUGAAUGCUGAAUCACAGGAAACAUGUGCUGCUUUAUUGGAACAGUGUUUAUACUAUGUGGAGACAAAAUUUUCAAGUGAAGUGAAGAAAUCUCUUGGAAAGGUGAACAUUGGGUUCACCUCUCUCCACCCACCUUCCUCAUCUGCUACUACAUGCCCCAACCUAGGCCUUGUGAUUGAUGGGAAAACUCUGGCUUAUGCACUGGACAGAACCUUGGAAGAUAAAUUUCUUUCCCUAGCUAGGAGAUGCCGUUCAGUCCUCUGCUGUCGAUCCACUCCGUUACAAAAAAGCAUGGUGGUAAAGCUGGUCAGAAACAAACUGAAAGCCAUGACCUUGGCAAUAGGUGAUGGAGCCAAUGAUGUCAGCAUGAUCCAAGUAGCUGAUGUUGGUGUGGGAAUCUCUGGUCAGGAAGGCAUGCAGGCGGUGAUGGCAAGCGACUUUGCAGUCCCGAGGUUCCGACAAUUGGAGAAACUUCUGCUUGUUCACGGACAUUGGUGCUACUCCCGACUUGCUAAUAUGGUGCUUUAUUUCUUCUACAAAAAUGCGAUGUUUGUGGCCCUUCUAUUUUGGUACCAGUUUUACUGUGGAUUCUCUGGGUCUUCCAUGAUUGAUCAGUGGUUUUUGAUCUUCUUUAAUUUAUUAUUCUCAUCACUUCCUCAAUUAAUUACUGGGGUACUCGAUAAAGAUGUUCCAGCUGAAAUACUGGUUGCCGUACCUCAGCUCUACAAAAGUGGACAGAACAUGGAGGAAUAUCAGCCCUAUAUGUUUUGGAUGAACAUGAUUGAUGCUGCCUAUCAAAGCCUGGUUUGCUUUUUCAUCCCUUACUUUGCCUAUCGUGACUCUGAUGUUGAUAUAUUUUCUUGGGGAACUGUCAUCAUGACAAUAGCUCUCUUCACCAUCAUACUGCAUUUGGGCAUUGAAACCAAAACCUGGACUUGGCUCCACUGGACAGCAUGUGGCUUUAGUAUCCUUUUAUUUUUCAUUGUGGCUUUGGUGUACAAUGCCUCUUGUUCAACGUGUUUUCCUCCAUCUAACCCUUACUGGACUAUGCAAAAGUUAAUGGGUGAUCCCAUGUUUUACUUGACUACUAUCAUAUCAUCUGUUGUUGCCUUACUGCCCCGAUUUCUGUAUAGAACAUUCCAAGGGACGCUCUUCCCAACCCAGCUUCAGUUGGGGCGCCAGUUGGCCAGGUGGGCCCCAAAGAAAUUUAACGUUCCCAAAGACACCAUUUCUCAGCCACAUCCUGCAGGAGAGCAAGAAUUACAAAGCUCAGCUUUGAAGGGCAGUCAUAACUCUGGAUCCCCUCCUCAAGACCACUUUCCACUAGCAUCUCAGUCAGAACUUCCACCAGCUUCUGUAACAGAGUCAAAGAGUGAACAGAGGACACCAAAUGUGAAUGUCCAGUCCUUGAAUGACACUAUGAUGGACAGCUUAAGGGGACACUCUCCAGUGCCCCAGAGACCAGAAGGUGCUAUCCAAGAGGGACCAUCUGGUGAUUCUGAGGGGGAAUCCUCCACCAGAGAAGUAUCCCCUCUGUCUUCUAUUCUAGAUCUGCCAGACUUCAGUUUACUAAACUGGAUUUCAUCCACACCAUUGUUUAAUGAGUUUGGAAGAGCCUUUCGGCUUUCUCAGAGUAGUUUACAAACUGACAUGCUGGGCGGCACAUUUUUGUCUGUUGGCUCCCAGCUGGAUCAGGACUUAAAAGGUUUUAAAAGAGAGACCUCAGACUGCUUCCAGGAGAAAGUUAAAGGGACUGCAGCUGUUUGCCACAACAGUGAAAAUCUUGAAACAACCUUUUUAUAACAUGAACUUUAAUAAUAUUUAUGUUUUCUAUUUGCACAGAAGAGUUAAUAGUAAAAGUGUCUUUAAAUGUUUCCAGGAUUGAAACAGAAAAUUAGAGGUACCAAAAAAAGGUUUAUUUUUAAAAUUUUAAGUAGAGUAUAUUGAAAAAGAUCAGAGCUUUAAAAUAUAAGAAAAAAGUUGCACUUGAAAAUUACAUUUAAAUCUAUUUUUUCAUCUCAUUUUAUAAGAAAAUGCAGUAUGUUUUAUUUUCUUCAAAAUGCUUUAUUUAACAUCCUGUCUGGAAGUAUAAGCAUUGUACCUAGUUCCCAGGGCAUUGGUUUUCAUCACUGUUUUAUGGCAGGGAUAUAGAUGGCCAUAAAGGAGAAAUCAUUCUAUACACUCAAA